GAAAACCACGUGUUUGGGUUUUUUAAGCUAUUCAAAUUAAGAUGUAGAUCUGAAUGAGUGAGUGAGAACCCCUAUCUGCACACACAACUUUCCCCGGGCUGUCUCGUGACUGGAAGGAACGGCCCAGAUUCAAGAAAACGAAACCUGGUGCAUUGGGGCACUUCCGGGAUCUCGCGAUCCGGCCGCCACCAGCAGCUGCAGCACAGCCAUGGACCAAGCGUCGCCACCUCUGCCCGAGUCAAUGCACAGCACUGGCAGCCCGGAGGCCCAGCUGGAGCAGGAGGCUCUCCUCUUUCCCACCGGUGUCUUUCAGGUUGCAGAAAAGAUGGAAAAAAGGACAUGUGCACUCUGCCCCAAAGAUGUCGAGUAUAAUAUCCUGUACUUUGCACAAUCAGAGAAUAUAGCUGCCCAUGAAAAUUGUUUGCUGUAUUCUUCAGGACUUGUGGAAUAUGAGGAUCAUGAUCCACUUAAUCUUGAUAGAAGUUUUGAUGUGGAAUCGGUAAAGAAAGAAAUCCAGAGAGGAAGGAAGUUGAAAUGCACAUUUUGUCAUAAAAGAGGAGCCACCGUGGGAUGUGAUUUAAAAGCCUGUAACAAGAAUUACCACUUUUUCUGUGCCAAGAAGGACCAUGCAGUUCCAAAGUCUGAUGGAGCUCGAGGAAUUUAUAAACUGUUUUGCCAACAACAUGCUCAAUUCCCGAUCAUCACUCAAAGUGGAAAAUUUUCAGGAAUUAAAAGAAAAAGAGGAAGGAAGAAACGCCUCACAGGCAACCACAUACAGGCACCUGAAACAAUGACACCUAAUAGAUUCGUAAGACACAUGAAAGAAGAGCAUGACAAACACACAGAUGCAGCUGUGAAAGUUCCUUUUCUUAAGAAAUGCAAGGAAGCAGGACUUCUUACUUACUUACUUGAAGAAAUAUUAGACAAAGUUCAUUCAAUUCCAGAAAAACUCAUGGAUGAGACUACUUCAGAAGCAGACUAUGAAGAAAUUGGGAGUGCGCUUUUUGAAUGCAGAUUGUUCGAAGACACAUUUGAAAAUUUUCAAGCAGCAAUAGAGAAAAAAAUUGACACAUCUCACCGAAGGCGGCAGCAGUUGAAGGAAGAGAUUGAGCUACUUGACGACCUAAAACAAACCUUGUGCUCUCUUCAAGAAAGUAGAGAUCUUAUGUCAAGUUCUACAUCAGUAUCAUCCCUGUCUUCUUAGGGAUUACCAUUUCCUAAGCCAGGAGUCAGGCCAAAUUGCAGUCAGGCUCAAAACCAGAGAGCAGGCUGUGAACUCCACACAUCUGCUGAACUGGUCCUCUCCUCUCGGCCCGGCAGCUCUCCUCUGUUCUUGCUGGCUGACAUUUUGAUCAGUCUUCCCGUGUUCUGCACACUCUUACUUGCGUUUUCCGCUCACUAUCACAUUCCCAGAACCUAGUAUGCUCAGUAAAUGUGAAAUAAGUGCAUAAAAUGUUCUUAACCUUUGAGUCUAGUUACAGCCCACAAUGCCUCUUAGAUAUAAUAAAUUUGGAUACAGUACUUGUACCAAAUUUGCCUGUCUUCAUGUCACAAAGUCCGCUUUUGAAAAAUCCUUUUUCAGCCAGUUACCACAUGGGAAUUCACCAUCUUCAAAACAAACACCCAAAUUUUAAACUGGACUCUAAAUAAGAACAUUACUAGGAAUAUGUAAGAAUGAAAAAAAAAAUGUUACAUUUUUCUCAACCUAACAAUAUACUAUUCCAGUUUUUAUGCUCACACCACCACAUCACAUCUGACCCCUGAAAACUUCACAUUCACAGUUCUCCUUUUUUACCAUGGUGCUCUGAUUUGCAAUACUACAUCUCAAAAUGGGUUUGAACUGAGUCUCCAGCAUGGUGUCUGACAUGUAAUAAAUAAGUACUUGAAAGGUAUAUGCAGGAGAUAAAAAACAUUUCAUCUCUGUUGUAAUGGCAGCCCUAGAUUAAGUUCUUAUUAUCUUAGGAACAAAAUCUAAACCAGUGGAUUUCAAAACUGGCUGCACAUCAGAAUCAUGUGGGGCAGAGGUGAAGACCUUACCCAAGACCCUCUGAAUAGAUUUCCCCUAGUCUAGAUAAUUACUGUAGCUUCAGCUUCCUAUCCUGACAUUAUAUCUUAGCAAAGUUUAUCUCACUAAUCAUUUUGAUGUCAUGAUCUUUAUUUUUU